AUGGCUCUCGAGUACCUGCCCACCGAGAUCAUUACGCAGAUCUUCCUCUCUCUACCGGACAUCCGCUCGGCAGCCGCCCUAUCCGCCACCUCCCACCGCUUCCACAGCGUCUUCCAUUCACCGCAAAACCUCGUUAUCCUGAGCUCGACCGCUGAAGCAGAGUUCGGGCCGCUUGACGAGAUCAUUCAGCUCGUCACCCACAACGCCUCCCAACCGGCCCACAUCCGCCGUAAGGUCCCACUAUCAACGGCCUUGAUCAAGCAAGUCGUACAAGUCGGUCGCGUCGCCCAGCGUUGGGAAGAAACCUACCCUUUCAAGAAAUGGAAGUCCGACUUCGCCUCCCGCCGCCUCCUCACAACGGACGAGCGCUACCGCGUCCGCCGAGCAGUCUACCGCCUCUGGCUCUUCAGCAGAGCCUUCCACAACGCCUCCAACAUCCGCACCUGCCGCAGCAUUCCCUCUGUUGUCUCAACGCGUGCCGCUUUACUUCACAACUUCUCCCUACGCGAGCUGGCGGAGAUGUACGACGUCCACCAGAUCAUGCGCGAGGUCAUGCGGACCAAUAUUUGUCCCUCCAACGGCCGCAUGCGCGUCAAGUACCAGUCACGAUAUCCCGACCAGCCGCACGGGUUGAUGUUUAACAUCCAUCUCAAUUAUCCUCCCGCACCCUCGUCCUUCAUUCCGGAAUCCUGGUUCCACAAUUCUCCCACCGCGAACCUGAACUCCCGCCACCACCAGCCGUCCCGCUGGCUGGACCCAGGCGCCGAGGGCUGGGGCGACGAUAUCACUCACUACUACGUCGUGGAAGACAUGCUGAAGCUGGACCCAGAGCAGAUCCUGCAUCUGCGAGACCAUUGUCCGUUGAAAGCGCAGGUGGAGGCUUACGUUAAGGAGGUCGCCGGGGAGUGGUUCAUCAACAACGGGGAGACUUUCAACGAGACGUUGGCGCAUGUGGUGCGGCAGAGGGGGGGGGAGAUGGAGGAGUUGGGCGCGGCGGUUGAGGAGGGGGAGAUGGGAGUUGCGGGAGCGGAGUAG